AACAAUGGAAGCUAAACCGGGCGAUUGUAUGAGGUCUGUGGCUUACUAACCUUAUAACACUUAAAAUACCUGCAGUUUGAUUUUAGUUUUGGUGAGGAGAGCAUCAGCUGUGCGCGCGUCGUUUAAAGCUUUUGUACACACAGCCGGAUCCUCCGCAUCCCUUCGCGUUGUUUUUGGACCAGGCCCGCCCAUACUCCAGCAUCUCUAGGAAAGCCGCUGAAGGCAGACAAUAACCCCGCUAAACAUCGGAGGCACCUGCUGCCAAGAGGCUGUUCCCAGCAGGUAAGAUGUGGAUGAGAAGAUAAGCUCGGUUCCUCAGCAGUUUCUCCCGACGACCUUCGUGGUGCGGUUGCAACGGACUCAAUGGAUGCUUGAAAAUAGUCUGAUAUCCUUAGUAUUAAGUAACCAGCUCCGCCGGCCGUGAUGAACUUUCCAAGUCACUUCCAGCAUAUUUUCGAGCAGCUCAACCACCAGCGCCUCCACGCUCAGCUGUGUGACUGCGUUGUGGUGGUUGGAGGCCAGACCUUCCAGGCUCACCGCUCCAUCCUGGCAGCAUGCAGCUCUCACUUUAGGGCUCUCCUCAGCUCCAGUGACACCGCUGAUGAGACUGGAGGUGAGGAGGCUGACAGGUGCCGAGGCGGCCCCAAUGUGAUAGAGCUUGAUCCAGAAGUGGUCACCCCAGAGGCCUUCUCCACUCUGCUAGAUAUGAUUUACACCUCCACUCUUUCCCUAGGGGCCUCCAAUGUGAUGGAUGUGUUAUUGGCGGCAUCGCACCUGCACCUCAACACCGUGGUCAAGGCCUGCAAGAUACACCUGUCCAGGAAAAACUUCCCUGCCUCCCCUCCUAAAGGUUGGAGGUCUGUGGAACAACAGCAGCAGCAGCAAAGUCCAUCUUCACAGGCAGCAGGCAGUUCACAGCAAAACGUCACAUCUGCCCUGGAAGAGGACCUUGAUGGAGUGGAGGUGAGUCAGUCUGGUGGGGAUGAAGACUGUGUGGUGAUAGUGGGGCAUAAGAGAAAGCUGGAGGAGGACAGGCUGAGUGACAGGAAGAAAACCUGCAGACUGCCUGGAGAAAACUAUAAGGAGUGUUCGCCUACUGUUACCAGGAGCUGCGUGAGCCACAACAAGAUAGGAGAAGAUCUAUUGUUCCCAGAUUGCCUGAAGAUCACUGAGACACCCUGGGAAAACCAAGGUGAUGAGGAGGAGAAGAAGUACAAAGCACCCAAGGGAGAAUCAGAGGAAAUCCAACUGCCAAGCCAGUCAGACAGCAGCAUAGGAGGCUUGUGGGAGAAGGGUGAAGAUACAGAUGGAGACAAUGUGGUCAAAGUAAAGGUGGGAGAAGAAGAGGGAGACAAGCCACAGAUGGCAGUGAUUGAGGUGAAAAAGGAAAAUCUAAGCUCAUAUUCUACAGAUUUGUUAACCAGUAAUUCUCCUCCGUCUCCGCUGGAAGCCUGCACAGACAAUUUGAAUGCACACCUCAACAACGAAAAGAUGGCAUCGACCAGCCCAGCGGGGUGUGUUGUUAGCUCUUUACAGUCGCAGCUGUGCACAGAUCUUCACACAGAGGAGCAGAAAGAAACUGGAGAUUUAGGUGAGGACUCUGCAGAUGGUGAGGGACUGGACAGCCUGUCAGAGCUGGCCUUUUCCUGCUUCCUCAAUCCCAGCAGUGAAAGCGUCAUGGGAGCUCUGGAAGAUGAUGACAGUCUAGCCAGCCUCACAGCAGCCGCCACAGCCGCUGCUGCCGCCAGCGAAGUUCCUGCAGUCCCUGUAGAUGCAGGUGAACAGAAUCAAAAGUCAGAGCAAGCAAACACAUCUACUAGUCAGUCUUCAGACUCUUCAUCUUCUCUUGUUUUUCCGGUCACCUCUGUCCCCUUGCAGCAGCUUCUCCCAACUCAGAGCCCUGGAUUUAGUGAUACCAUCAUCCUCCAGCCCACCCAGAACUCUCUGGCAGGGUUCUUGAGCAGUGUCAGACCACCGCUCGAUGUGGGAGCCACUGUCGUUCAAACCACGAGAGCUGGAAAAAGGUCAGGGGCAACAACCUUCCGUCGCAUCGCCCCCAAAGCACAACCUGGAUCAGAAGCCGGCACAGAGCCUCCUCUCGGCUCAGGGGACGCAGCUGACCGGCCGCCUCUGACUAGAGCUUCAGAGGAUGUUCUGUCCAAGUGCAAGAAGGCAGCUGCUGAAGACCAUGUGCUGUUGGUGGAAGGGGAGAAGAAAUAUGCCUGCAAAAUCUGCUGUAAGACCUUCAUGAACUUGACCGACUGCAAGAAGCAUAUUCGUGUCCACACAGGAGAAAAGCCCUAUCCCUGUCCCAAGUGUGGCAAACGCUUCAGCCAGUCCUCCCACCUGUACAAGCACUCGAAGAACACCUGCCUAAACUGGAAAGAUGACCAGUCUUUUGCAGACACUUUGCUCUAAAGUACUGACAAAAGCCUUAAAAAGAUCACAAAAAAAAAAAGAAAGCAAUCUGAACUGCUGUUAUUUAUUUUUACUCUUCAAUUAAAUUAAACUCAUAAAAUGUUUCCAAACUGAAGCAAAUGCACUG